AUUUAUUGAUAAAAAAUUUAAAGUAAACAGCCGCAAUCGCGAUGACACCUUCCGUUCUGUAUUCAAUAAAAUAUUCAAAAUUAAAUCCUAAAAUCGAUUAAAUGAACAUUGACGUGAAAUAAUAUGUUUUACGCGAAUCAUAAAUGGAUGCUGGUGAUAUGCUUCUUCGUUCAUGUAAUCUUUCUAAUAUCGAUCUUCGAUAUCUACUUCAAAUCACCCAUAGUAGAAGGUGUUAUACCGUCCAAAAAUUACGUCCAUGGUCCAGCAAAACGUUUGGUUUUAUUCGUCGGCGAUGGUCUACGAGCGGAUUCCUUCUUGAAUACUUAUAACGAGAGUCAGUUCUCCGCUCCUCACCUGAGACAAAUAAUCGAACAACGUGGAAGAUGGGGGAUUAGUCAUACCAGAGUUCCGACCGAAUCACGUCCUGGUCAUGUCGCUAUCAUCGCUGGAUUUUACGAAGAUCCUUCUGCUAUUUUCAAAGGAUGGAAAGAUAAUCCAAUAGAUUUCGAUUCAGUUUUCAACCGAACAUUUCUUACCUUAGGAUGGGGUAGUCCAGACAUCUUAUCAAUGUUUAACCGAGGUGAAACCAAAUCCAGAGUUAUUAUGAAAAGCUAUCCGGAAUCAUUCGAAGAAUUCUCCGGUAAAGAGGGUAGCGCUGCUCGUUCGAGUUUAUGGUCUUUUGAAGAAUUCAAAAAAUUCUUACUGCAAGCUAAAUCUGACCAAGUGUUGUUUGAAAAGCUGAAUCAAGGAGAAAUAUUAUUUUUUCUUCAUCUAUUGGGUAUCGAUACCGCAGGACAUGCUGAUAAACCACAUUCGGAUGUGUAUUUACAGAAUAUCAAAGUUGCCGAUGAUAUCGUUCGUGAUACCGAAUCACUUAUUAAUGAUUUCUUCAACGAUGACCGAACUGCUUUCUUAUUCACUUCUGAUCAUGGAAUGACCGAUUGGGGUUCUCACGGCGAAGGUUCGCUGCACGAGACAGAAACUCCUUAUGUUGCUUGGGGAGCUGGUAUUUUACCUCCUGAACGAAGUAAUAUUCCUGUAGGUAAUUCGGAUUCGUGGAAAUUAAACCAUUUGCAACGUAAUGAUAUAAAACAAGCUGAUUUGGCUCCAUUGAUGUCCAUUCUGUUGGGUAUUCCAAUACCUGUGAACUCUGUCGGUUUAUUACCGUUGGAUAUAUUAGAUAUGUCCGAAUCCGAUAAAAGUGCUGCCAUUCUAGUCAAUUCUUUCCAAAUGCUCAAUCAGUUCAAUAGGAAAAGACAACUUGUCGAAGAAACUACUUUGAGUUUCUUGUAUAAACCUUACAAAAAGCUAUCUAAUGGCGAAGAUAGAAAAAUAUCCGAUCUUUUGCAAAUUCAACUGCAAAAUGGACACUACAAUGACGUCACAAAGGGGAGUAUUGAUUUGAUCUCGUUAUGCCUUUCUGGUCUGGAUUAUUAUCACAACUAUUACCAAAAACUACUCCUCUUUUGUAUAUCUGUAUCUUAUAUUGGUUGGAUGGGUUGGAUGUUUUUGAAUAUUUUAUCUGGUGACGAAUACAAACAUCGGAAUUCCUUGAUUCAUCGAAUCGAAGAGCUCAAAAAGAAGCGAUUGUUAGCAUUGCAUUUGAUUUUUUCAAUUUUAUUGAUCGUAUCAGUAUUAUUAUUAUUCAUUCAGUAUUUACCUCUGCAAUAUUAUUUAUAUUGCGGCACUCCCAUUAUAAUUUGGUGGAACGUUUUCAGAAAGAUAAUAUCAUCUCACUAUACGACUAACUACACGAGAUUUUCAUGUGGCUUAUUACUGGAAGUUUUCAUGACCGUUGUAGGGACCGAACUAGUGGUAUUAUCAUUUUUCGAACGACGUCUUCUAUCGAUUAUAAUCCUAACAUUGGCUAUAUGGUUACCAUUACAUCAGAGAAAAGAAAACAAUAUGGUAUGUCUACCUCUAUUUUGGGCCGGCUCCUGCGUAUUUUUAGCCAUAUUCCCUUUCCUUCCCGUGAUCGGUGGCAAACCUAAUAUUAUUCAUUUAAUCAUAAGCGCAUCUAUAUGGUGCAUAUUUAUCGGUAUAUGCUGGAUUAUUACAUCCAACUUAGAAAUGCGUUUCAAGACACGGCUGAAAGCUGUAAAAAUUUACGUAUUGUUUCUCGUUGUAUUUGUGGUGGCCAUUUGCAAUGUAGUUCUUGUAUUUCACAGUUACUCGACUAAAGAAGGACUCUACGUUUUAAACCAGUUGCUAUCUUGGUUUAUUCUUUUUACAGUUCCUGUAGUUCCUCUAUGUGUUCCGAGGGUAUUGUUGUUGAGACUGCUGAGCAUUUAUUUUUCAUUAGGAGUAGUAGCGUUGUUAUUCUCGAUCAACCACGAUGCGUUAUUUUUACCCAAUUUUUCGUUCAAUUUAUUUUUAUGGGUAUUGAUGGAAAGUUCGCUCGUUGAUAAGUACCGAAAUAAUGAACUCAAAUUGUUGCAAGCGAAAUUCCAGUCGAAGAAUACGUUCGUUGAUCAGAAUUUGAAUGCCAGUGAUUUCAGAAGAGCAUUUUUAUACUUUUUUUACACUGUUUUUUCUUUCUUCGGUACUGGGAAUAUCGCUUCAAUAAAUUCUUUCGAUACUUCAUGGGUUAGAUGUUUCAUAACACUAUUCGCCCCGUUUACGAUGAUGAUUCUAAUUCUGAUCAAAACUGUGAUACCAUUUUUUGUUACUGCUUGUACAUUCCGAGCAAUUACUGAUCUCUCUCAGGUACGAGUAGACAGAAUGUUCUUAAUUGUGCUACUGUACUGUGAUCUGAUGGGAUUGAACUUCUUGUUUUUCGUAAAAAAUGUCGGAAGUUGGUUACAAAUCGGAGAAUCAGUUUCGCAUUACGUUAUUUCUCAAACGAUCAUUAUGUUUUUGGUAUUGUUGUACUUUGUAUCCGGAUUUCUAACUUGUGGAAAAGCGCCAAAAAUUAUUAGCAUGAUUAGUGUACGGAAAUGGAAAAAUAUCUUCAAGUCAAAACGCGCUGAUUAGAAAAGUAUUUAUUUUUCCUAGAAAAGGUAUAACUAACGAACAUUUUCCUGUUGAGAAUACCUAUGUGUAUGUAUUUUUAUGUGUAUUGUGAUGCUAAAUUUUCUAGUCUUGAUGUCUAAUGGUGAGAUGUUGUCAUUUUAUGUUACUCUUUUUUAUUCAAAAAAUAGUAGAUAAUAAUUAAUUACUUGCUGUAUUUUAAAAUAUCUUAUUAUCAGAUUGCACAAUUUAAAAAAACAAACUGGUGAUCAGUUUUUUACUUAAUAAAGGGUGACAAAGUAAUUUCAUCCGCUCGAAGUUCAUUCCCCCCCCCCCCCCAUCUUCUUGCAGAAAUGUUCCCUCGAGGCUGUCUUGCUGGGGGGGGGGCGAACUUUUGAUGAGAAAAUUGUUACAAAAUUGACGAUGUCGGAUUUUUUACUUUUUAACUAUGUGGUCGCCUCGAAUUUCCGAUUCACCACCUCUAAUAGAUUCGGAAUGUCGAACUUAUGAAAAAUUUAAAAUAGGAGUAAAUUUUUAGCUGUCUGAGGCUGAGCCGAUCAUUACGCCUUCUGGAGGGAUUUUAAACAUUGCUGGAGAAACUACCAACUUUUUCUAGAGGCUCCAGAUCGGCUAGAAAAUGGUGGCAAUUGGUUUGGGUAGUCGACUUUGAAUUUUGAUACAUGAACUGAGUUUCAGAUUUUCAUCUUUGUUUGUUCCUUUUGUAGAAUUCGCCAAAAAGUCAAAUUUCAGCUUGAUGCUUGAUCACAGUCGACAAGUUGUAAAAUUUCCUUUGCAUAUUCCGCAUUUUUAUUUCAUUUUGGUUUGCUAAAUUUUAGUGGAAAAAGGAUGAGUCAUCAGUUGCGUAUGUAGAAGGAUUGCAGGGUGAUUUUUAUCAAGAAAAGAAAUCUACUGCUGAUGAGCCAUCAGGCAAUUCGAAUAAAAUCCGGUUUAGUCAGCCAAUUGUCUCAUUCUCAUUAUAAUUCGAAGUGUUCGUGGUUUUUAAUCUGCUCGGUGAAUUUUAUUUUGAGAAUGUAAAAGUAUUUUUCAAUGCAUUGCAUCUGAAAACGAUCUCAAAAUUUGACUAAUAAUACUUCAUACUGGUGUAUCAUUGUGUUUAAUUAAAUGUAUCGGGUAAGUUGUGCACAUUGUUGUGCAAACUUUCGAUUUGUGGAGUAAGUUAUGUACCGAUAGAUGAAUGAAUCAGUCAAAUGAAUAAAAUUGCGAACUUUUCAAUAGCCUACGAACAAGUUCAAAAUUUCUUUGAACAUUGUGAAAAUUGAUCAGGUGGACUUUAGAAAGUUUAGCAUUCAUAUCGCUUUCAAUCCAUUGGUUAAUUACAUCUUUAUUUCAUAAAAUUCAAUUCGUAAGUGAAAACGAAAAUUUUGAAUUUAAAAUAUUUGUAUGGGUAAGAAUAAUAACUAUUUUCAUUUUUCGAUGCUUCAAUGUUCAAGAUCUCACUCAAGACGCUUCCUCUAUAAUUUUAUAUGAUCUAUUCAUUUUUUCAUAGAAGGACUGGGUAUAAAGUUUUUCAGAAAUUUUACAUUUUGAAAGGUAAAGUUUUAUUUGUCAUCCGCAUGGAUUGAGUUCCCAAACUUCGGUACGUCGUACCUAACAUAAACGUGAUGCGAAUGCAAUGUCGUAAUGUUGCUCUUCGAUCUGAAAUAUCGACGAUGUGUUUCUAUUUCUAAUCGUACAGAGUCAAAACUAACGAAAAAGUAUAUUCGAUAACAUCAAGAACACAUAUCGAGCAAAUUAUUAAAACGUAAUAAUACUAUAUACAUAAUACGAUCUCCUUCAUUUCAACUCCAUUUUUUCAGUUUACUUUUGGAUAAGUUUAAAAGCCCCAACAACAUUGUAGCUUGAAAGAUUCUUUCUUCUGUCGGUGUGAUUAAAGGAAAAAGUCUUUCAAUAUCGUUUUUCAACGCUCUGGCUAUUCUGAUAAGAUUAGCCGACGUGACAUCUCCUGCAAAACGACGAAAUUAAUUAAAAUACAUCGAAUAACACACAACAUUAUUGCAAAAAUAAAAUUACGCUUACGUUCCCCAAUUUCCUCUUCCAAUACACCGUUUUCGUCGUCUUGAUUUUGACCUGCAAGCACUUUUUCCUCACGAAGCAAAUCGAUCUCUUCCAGUUCGCAUAACGUAUUAGGACCGAACUUGGAUUUCCUGCAAGUAAUGCAUUAUUACAUAGGGUAGGUUUGUUAAAAACACAACACGAAGGUGAGAGAAUAAAACGCUUACACGUGCAGUAUAAGAUCUCUGACACCCUCAACUCGGAAAAUUUUCAGUUUUUGUUUUUCUGAUUUAAUGAAAUCAGAGAGUCCUCGGGCGAAUCUGGUUACAUUGAAAUUCGGAACGUUCGCUAUCUCUGGAUAUUCUAAGUUAUACUUUAUAUUAGUUCAUUGUUCAAAUUGAAAAACUGACCAAAACAACAGUAUACAUUACUUACUUUUAAGCAUCAUUUUCUUAAACAAAACUCGACUCAUGCUCACACUGAUCGUCGAACAUCGAUAGAAAGAACGCCUCAGGAAGAAUUGAAGUUUUUAUCAAUAAAUUUUUCAAACCAAGAUUAGGAUUAGAUUACCAUUGUUGCCAUAAUGUUGGAAUUCGACCUGCAAUAUCGACGAUGUGUUUCUAAUUGUAACAUUUUAAGAAACUGAAUUAAACCAGAGUCAAAGUCAAAACUAACGAACAAACGUAUUCGAUAAGAUCAAGAACACAGAUCGAGCAAAUUAUCACAACGUAAUAAUACUACAUACCUACAUAAUACGAUCUCCUUCUCCAUUUUAAAUCCAUUUUUUCAUUUUACUUAUGGAAAUGCUAAGAAACCCCAACAAAACUUCAGCUCGUAGGAUUCUUUCUUCUGUCGGAGUGAUUAAAGGAAAAAGUCUUUCAAUAUCGUUCUUCAGCGCCUUGGCUACUCUGAUACGAUUAGCCGACGUGACAUCUCCUGCAAAACGACGAAAUUAAUCAAAAUACAUCGAAUAACACACGACAUUAUUGCAAUAAUAAAAUUACGCUCACGUUCAAAAAUGGAAUCUUCCCAUUCAUCGUUUCCGUCGUCACGAUUUUCACCUGCAAGCAGUUUUUCCUCAUGAACCAAAUCUAUCUUUUCCAGUUCGCAUAAAGUAUUAGGACCAAACUUGGAUUUCCUGCAAGUAAUACGUACAUAUUAGGUUUGUUCCAAACACAACACGAAGGUGAGAGAAUAAAACGCUUACAAGCGCAGUAUAAGAUUUCUGGCAUGCUCAACUUGGCCAAUUCUCAGUUUCAGUUUUUCCGAUUUGAUGGCAUCAGAGAGUCCUUCGGCGAAUCUGGUUACAUUGAAAUUCGGAACGUUCGCUGUCUCUGGAUAUUCUAAACCAUAUAUUUUAUACAUUAGUUCAUUGUUCAAAUUGAAAAAUUGACCAAAACAACAAUGUACUUACUUUUAAGUAGAAUUUUUUUCAAUAGAACUCGACUCAUACGUAGACUUGACGAACCAACACCGAACUCGAACAAAAUGCAGUCUCAUGGGACACUAAAAUUGGAGAUUUGAUUUUUUGAAGAUGAAAGAAUUUUUUAAAAUAUUUUUUAUCAUAUUUUUCUAUUUAUUUUUUUAAAAUUUUUUCCAAAAAUCAGUCUGUUGAAUUACGCAAUAAAAAAAUAAUUGAUAAUUUUUGGUAUUUUUUGUUGCUUUUUGGCUGCACUGGUGAAAUUUGUGAUUUCACCCUAAGGUCCUUUUCCCUUGUCACAAUUUUAGUUUUCCUCGAGUUAAAUAAAGGUAUUGUAAUUAUAAAUUCUUCAUUGAUUUCAAACUUCAAUUCGGUCAUUACUCCGCAGCUUGGCCAAUUUCGCUAUUUCUUGAAAUAAAUUCGUAACAAAACGAAAAUGAGUCGAGCAUUUUUUAUUGAUAAACAAUUUAAAUUUAGAAUCGUGUAGUGUAUCAAAUCAAUGGAAUCGUUUAAAUUCUAGCGUUGUGUUGUGUGUUCAUUUUCUUAUACUAAUUAUUUUAUAGGUGAUUAGGUGUGAUUAGAGGUACUUGUAAAUUUGUGUACAUAUCGAUUUAUUCGUA